AGAACAGGACAACACCUUUGUUUACCCGGUCCUUAUAUACCGUCCAGCGGAUGUGACAGCCAUUCGUUUCUCAUAUUCGGUCGACUCGCCGUAUGUCACCGAUAGAUUAUCGCAUGGUGGUGGUCGGCGCAUACUCCUAGACCUUUGACACGCUAAUUAGUCCGUUCGUCUGUUCUGGUCACGACUGUCGCAACAAGAUGUCGGGCAACUCCAAAGCGUCCGAAGGCACGUUCUUAUCAACUUCGGGGUUUAAGUUCAGUAAGGAAGAUCGAAAGGCCGGAAAAGUCAGGAUACGGAAGUUACCCUUGCAGGUCAAAAAGAAUCAGGAAAAUGGCGUCAAGUCUAGCUCCUCCCUCAACCUGUCGCCAGUCCUCCCACAGUUCGAUGCUGAAACCAUGUCCAACUUCCCCAAUGGAAAGCAAGAGCCCUUGGAAACCCUUGUAUGCAAGCACUGCAAGAAAUCCAUCUUGAAGAGAACGGCCAGCCAGCAUGUUGCCAUUUGUUUAAAGUCAAAGCAGGACAAGGCUCGGAAGAAAAAGGAGGCUCGAGAGGCAGCUCAACGGGCAAAAGAGCGCGCUGAGCGGGUUGACGAUGACGACGACGACGAUGACGACGCUAAGGACAGCAAGUCUCGCAAGAGCGCAGUCAACGGAGACGGGGACGAUUCCAAAAAGGCGAAGAAACGCAAGGCCGAUGCCGACGAUGAUAAGGAGCCUAAGAAGAAAAAGAACAAGAAGGAAGAGCAGAAGCCAAAGACCGCGAAACCCAAAGGUCCCGUCGACGUGGAGAAGCAGUGUGGUGUUACUUUGCCCAAUGGCGCACAGUGCGCCCGCAGUCUCACCUGCAAAAGUCACUCGAUGGGCGCAAAGCGUGCAGUGCCAGGGAGAAGUUUGCCAUACGACAUGCUGUUGGCCGCAUACCAGAAAAAGAACCAGGCUCGACAGCAAAAGGCCGCCAUCGAUGCCAACGCUCCAGCACUAUUGGAAGACGAGCUCGACGCUGCGUUAGGCGGACCUAUCGAUUCCGACGAAGAGAAGGAUGCAGUCAUGACUUCAAUACAACGGAGUCUCUCUCGGCCACAACCUCUAGUCACAGUGCCACUGUUUCCCAUUCGACAGAAAUAUCGGCAGGUGCGGAUGAAAGAAUUACUAUCAAAUGCCAUGAGCGGGAACCGGAGCGGAGGUUUAUUCAGUGUUCCUCCCGAGAGCGCUAGAAUCGCCCCUCCUUCGGCGACUAGUGAGACGGUGAAUGGGGCGAGUGUCGUCCCUGCUUCGCCCGCUUUGGCGAGCGGUGGUUUACCCCCGCCAGCUGUCAAGGCAGCUGCGAGGAAGACAUCGAUCGACGUUUCCUAGGAAGAAGGCUGUGGGUCUCGACUACAAAAUUCUGAAAGUGGUUCUGUUCGUAUCAAACGAGAGGAUGACGGAUGGCUUUAUUGUCUACACACUGAACGAGCGAGCUCGUUUUUGGGUCGUUCAUCUACGGCACGAGUGUUUAACAGUCCCUGAUCUUGUUUCGAGGCGAGCAGAUCAGGUCGACAGGUACACACCCAUCGUCGAUUUCACAUGGAUGAAGCACUCAGUGUGAACCUGCACGUGCAAAGUUGUGGUGUACUAACACAAAUCCGGGAGAGACUACAGUUCUGCCCCAGUUGCAUAGUCCGAGCACCGUCAAGGCUACGAGAAGUCAUAUCAAAAUACACAUGGACUGGUGAAGGACCACCUGGCUCAGAGUCACCACGAAGAGCUUAUGAUGUGGGAGAUUUGACCGUACCAGACCUUUUAUGAUUGGAACAUAUUCUCCCUUUUUGUGGGGGCCUCGACCUCCGAUGAAACCAAAGGAAACGGCCAGCCAUCAUGUUGAUACGAUGUUAAAUGGGAGCGCUCUGACCACCUCAUGUGAGGUCAUGAACAUUGGAAUUGGUAUGUGGAAUUGGUGGGACUAUGAUUACAAUGCUCGGAAACAGAGACUAGCAUUGGUACCGCCAAAACCAAAACUGUUGGACAAGGCAACAUUGACCUGGCGUUGCUGCGGCGUGUUUGGUACAUAGUUGCAGUGGAACCCAUCGUCGAGGGACUGGAUGUUUAUCGUUGGCGGAAGAGUAUUCUGCAAGAAGAAAACAUCAAUACACAUACACAUUGACAGCCAACAGAUCAGACCAAAGCCCUUGCCACGGCAAGGAAGGCAAUCAAUGGAAC